AUGAGUUUUUCAUUUGGUUUUACAACAGAUGAUUUAGAAAAUGAUCCUUCAGGAACAUCAUCUACUACUUCAAAUAUAGAUCCACAGACUAAUGAUAGUAUUAAUCCAUUAGAUGCAACGGAACUAACUGGUUCAGAUAUUAUUCAACCAAAGAUUGAAAAUGUAGAUGAUAUACUAAGAAGUUUGAAAGAUGUUAGAGUCUCUUACGAAGCUAUUGAUGUACCCUCAAUGGAUAGAAAUGAAAUAAAUUCUGCAAGAUUAUUUAGAAGAGAUUUAUUCGAUAUGAAACAUCAAUUGAUGUCUGAAGAUAAUAAUACCACUCUUUCAAAAGAUGAUGACGAUGAAUUAGAUAUCUUAAUGCACGAAGAUCUUAGAAAAAAUAUAUACGAAGGUGGUUUAAAAUCAUGGGAAUGUUCAAUUGAUUUAGUAAAAUUAUUAAAUGAUGGGUUCAAUAAUACACAAGAGUUGAAUUUUGAUCAAAUUAAUUGCAUCACAGAAAUUGGUUGUGGUACAGCAUUACCAUCACAAUAUAUUUUUAGUCAAUAUUUAAAACAAAAUAGAUCCUCAGGAUUAAAGCUAAUAUUGACAGAUUAUAAUUCUAGUGCUCUUCGUUUAGCUACAAUUCCAAAUAUAAUAUUAGCUUGGGUUAAUGCCGUGUUAGAUAAAGAACAAUUAUCUAAAUUACAACCUGAUGACAUAUCAAUGAAUUAUGAUGAAGAAAUAAUGUUUUCCGCAGCUUUAUUAGAAGCUUUCAAUCAAGAUAUUAAAAAUAAAAACAUUUCAUUAGAAUUCAUAUCAGGUAGUUGGGGUCGUAAAUUCUCCAAUUAUUUAAACGAUAUGUUAAGUUCGACAACAACUUCAAAUGAGUUACUAGUAUUAACUUCCGAGACCAUAUAUCAACCAGAUCAUCUACCUCUCAUAUCGGAAACAUUGAUUGAAUUAAAACAAAAUACUCAUUUUGAAAAAGUUAAUACAAUGGUAGCAGCAAAGGAUAUAUAUUUUGGUGUUGGCGGAAGUUUGAUAGAAUUUGAAAACUAUUUAAGGAAAAAAAAUGUUCAAUUUGAUACAAGGAAAGUCAAUGCAGGCUUGAAAAGAUCUAUCGUUUUAAUGUAG